CAGCAGAGUCGGUGGCCGUCGGUCUCGACACGAGUUACCGUGACAAGUGCAUUACCUAUUGCACGUCGACCGAGUACACACACACCAUAUUCACACAUACGUCCAUACAUAUACACACAUCACACACGUACACAUACUAAAAACGACACGUCGUCGUUGAGAGUGUUUCGACAGACGCGUGACAAACGGAUUUUUCUCUUUCCUCAUCUCUAUUUCUUUUCUUUCUUUUCCGUCACCUUUUCCUCACGUUUCCUUUUUCGUUUCCGAGCGUUUCCGAGCGCAUCGCGAUUGGCUCGCUCGGAUAUCGCUCGCUUUUUCCCUUUAUCAAGGGUCGGAUUCGUGUACGCGCGUGCAUUUUUCGACUGACUGGAGAAGAAUCAACAGAAGGAUAGAAGCAAAGUAUCGCACGAAAUUUCACCCUGAUCGGUCUGUAAGAAGAUCGACAAGUGGAGCGCGCGAUGGCGGACGAUCAAGAAGCAAACAACACGUGCGAGGAUUCCCUCGGGCCCGGCGAUGCAAACACCGCAUUCGCUAAGAAAAUUCGAGGACGAAAAGGGGCCCUGAAGAAAAAGAAUGUCUACGUGGUCAAGAAUCACAGUUUCAUGCCUCGUUUCUUUAAGCAACCAACCUUUUGCAGUCAUUGCAAGGACUUUAUAUGGGGCUUCGGGAAGCAAGGAUACCAAUGUCAAGUCUGCAGUUUCGUCGUUCACAAACGAUGUCACGAGUACGUGACCUUCACGUGCCCUGGUGCUGACAAAGGAGCUGAUUCCGACGACACGCGGACGAAGCACCAAUUCAAGCAACACACCUACAACAGCCCCACCUUCUGUGACCACUGCGGUAGUCUUCUCUAUGGUGUCAUCCACCAGGGCAUGAAGUGCCAAGCAUGCGACAUGAACGUUCACAAGAGAUGCGAGGAGAGCGUGCCGAAUCUUUGCGGAUGCGAUCAUACGGAGAGACGUGGUCGUAUAAAUUUGUACAUCUCGUGCUCCGGAAGCAAGCUCACGGUCGAAGUGAAACAGGGGCGAAAUUUGAUUCCGAUGGAUCCAAACGGAUUGUCGGAUCCAUACGUCAAGUUGAAGUUGAUUCCAGAUUCGGACACUGUGAAGAAGAAAACGAAGACGAUCAAAUCCUCGUUGAAUCCCGAAUGGAACGAGACCAUCAUUUUCGACUUGAAACCCGAGGACAAGGACAGGCGGCUUUUGAUCGAGGUUUGGGAUUGGGAUCGAACGUCGAGGAACGAUUUCAUGGGCUCCCUCUCCUUCGGGAUAUCGGAGCUUAUCAAAGCGCCCGCCAACGGCUGGUUCAAACUGCUCACCCAAGAGGAGGGGGAAUAUUACAACGUACCUGUUCCGGAGGAGGGUGUCGAUCUCGCCGAGUUGAAGAUGAAGAUGCGAAAGACCUCGGUCACGAAAAAGACGACCACCACCCAGGACAAGGAGGUGCCCCACAACAUGGGCAAGAGCGACUUGAUAAGGGCGAGCGAUUUCAACUUCCUAAUGGUGCUCGGCAAAGGCAGUUUCGGAAAAGUGAUGCUGGCCGAGAGGAAAGGUACCGACGAGCUGUACGCGAUCAAGAUUUUGAAGAAGGACAUCAUCAUUCAGGACGACGACGUGGAGUGCACCAUGGUCGAGAAACGCGUGUUGGCGUUGUCCACCAAGCCGCCAUUUUUGGUCCAACUGCACUCCUGCUUCCAAACCAUGGAUCGCCUCUAUUUCGUGAUGGAGUACGUGAACGGUGGGGAUUUGAUGUACCAGAUACAACAGUGUGGCAAGUUCAAAGAGCCUGUCGCUGUAUUCUACGCGUCCGAAAUAGCGAUCGGCCUUUUCUUCCUCCACGGCCGAGGUAUCGUGUACCGGGAUCUGAAGUUGGACAACGUUCUGCUGGAUCAGGACGGUCACAUCAAGAUUGCCGAUUUCGGUAUGUGCAAGGAGGGGAUCAGCGGCGACAAGACCACGAAAACGUUCUGCGGGACGCCCGAUUACAUCGCGCCGGAAAUCAUAUUGUAUCAACCGUACGGGAAGUCGGUCGACUGGUGGGCGUACGGAGUGCUGCUGUACGAGAUGUUGGUCGGUCAACCACCGUUCGACGGUGAGGACGAGGAGGAAUUGUUCGCAGCAAUAACCGAGCAUAACGUCAGCUAUCCGAAGAGUUUGUCAAAGGAGGCGAGGGAAAUUUGUAAAGCGUUCCUCACGAAGAAUCCUGUGAAGAGACUCGGUUGCGGGCUACGAGGGGAGGAGGACGUACGGAGCCACGCGUUUUUCCGACGUAUCGAUUGGGAGAAGAUAGAGAAUCGGGAGGUGCAGCCACCGUUCAAGCCGAAAAUCAAACAUCGCAAGGACGUAAGCAACUUCGAUAAACAGUUCACCUCGGAGAAGACGGAUUUGACUCCCACGGACAAGUUGUUCAUGAUGAACCUGGAUCAAACGGAGUUUAUGGGUUUCUCGUUUCUCAAUCCGGAAUUCGUGCAACACGUUUAAAUCGAUGGAAUAUCCUAUAAGUCACUGGCUAGUUUUAAUCUCAUACGUUUCUCUCUCCCUCCAUCUCUCCCUUCAGAGACAUCUUCAUCUUCGCUACUCAGGGGCUUUCACCGUUUCAUUUCCCUAUCUCUUUCUCUGUCUAUCUAUCUCUAUCUCUAUCUCUAUCUCUAUCUCUAUCUCUGUACUUCUUCCUCCCCCCCGAUAUCGAUCCACUUUCUCCAUUCUUCGAAACUUGGCAACUUGGUAUCUCGGUUACCAAAGAUAA